AUGCGCGCUCGUACGCGCAUCGGCGACUACAUCCCUCAGCUGCCGGAGUACGAGGUCCGUGUCGCGGUGUACGCGGACGACAUCGCGCUGUUCGCCAGUGGUCCCACCGCCAGGGGCAGUGUUGUGCGCGGGUGUGUACAGUCGGCACUCGACGCAGUCGACGAGUACGUGCGCGGCAUCGGCCUCACUCUGUCGGCGGCAAAGACCGAGGCGAUGCUCGUCCAUCCACGCUACGGGGCCCACCGAUCGGCGCCGUGUUUCUCCCUUCGCGGUGAGAGCCUCCCGUGGCGGAUGAAAGUGCGCUAUCUCGGCCUCAUCGUGGACCACCGGCUCAAGUGGCAGCCGGCAGUGGCUGCCCUGCGCAAGGGAACCAAACGGGUGGCGAGUGCCGCGCGAACCCUCUUGGCCCGCGGUCAGGGCUGCUCCCCCACCUUGGCACUGCGACUCUACAAUUCGGUAGCCUCGGCGAGAUUACUGUACGGCCUGCCGCUCGCUGACCUCAGCCCAGCGAAGUGGGAGGCACUGGACAUGGAUCACCGAGCCGUUGUUCGACAACUCCUGUGCCUCCCACACACGUCACCAGUGGGCGCCACACUCGCCGAGGCUGGCGAGACCCCUAUCUCCCUGCGCGCCGUGGGGAGGGCGCUGGGCCACGUUGAGCGACUGCAUCGUUCGUCACACGGGCAGCAGCUGAUUGACCGGUUUCGUUCCCUGCCCAACUCCGGCAUGGGGCGCCGCGUCGUCGAGUUCGCCAGCCUUGUCGGCGCGGGACCGUCGUGUGCGUGGCUGCCGCCCCCUCCGCAUCGCCACCGCCGUCUAGACAUUCGCAUCACCGUGCCUGGGGUCCGGGGAAAGCGCAACACCGCCGCCUGCGCCCUGCGACAGGAGACGGCCGCGGUGAUCGAGGAGCAGCUCGCCGGCCGCGUGCUGGUGUACACUGACGGCUCUGUGCUCCGGGACGGCGCGGCUUCGGCGGCGUGCGUUGCCCCCGAGCUCUCGGCGCAGUUCCAGUGCCGUGUCCUGUGUGCUGUGUCGUCGACGCAUGCCGAGCUGGCCGCCAUUGACCUGGCUGCCGAGCUGCUGCUCCAGCUUCCUGUUCAGCGAGCGGCCGUCCUGACGGACUCACGAGCGGCGCUCUCCAUUCUGGCCGGAGAAGAUCACGGCCCCACGCUCGCUCGCCGGCUCCGGUGCAAGCUUGACGGCGUUUGCGAGCGGGGAUGCGACCUCGUGUUCCAGUGGGUGCCUUCUCACAUUGGCCUGCAGGGAAACGAGGAAGCAGACCGGCUCGCAAAGGAGGCCCAUUCCUCGUCGGUCCCGUUGUCGCGGUUCGUGACGCGGUUUGACGUCGCCCGCCACUCCGUGGCCGGCUAUGUGAGGACGCAGCACCCCGACCCUCGCGUCGCCGGCGGCAUUCCCCCCAGGUUGCUGCCCCGCAGAGGCCUGAGCCGGCGAGACCGCGCUCUCAUCCUGCGACUCCGCAUCGGCUGCGCCCGGACGGCCGAAAGGUUGCAUCGGCUGACGGGUGAGGGCUCGCCGUCCUGUGGGGAGUGCGCCGACGUCGAGACGGUUGAGCACGCCCUCCUCCAGUGCCCCGCGCGUGCAUCGGAGCGCGACGCACUUGUCGCGGCGUACCAUCGCCUCGGGUUGCCCGCGGAUACCACACGGCAACUCCUGUUCCCAGCCACACACCCCUCCAUUGCCAGACACGCCUUCGCGUCGUUACUUGUUUACUUGGAGGAUGCCGACCUGCGCUCUCGGCUGACACCACGGUUCCCUGUGCUCGCCAUCGCUGUGGCGCACGGCAUCAGUGAGCUAGCGCUCGCCGAACAGCUGGCGGACGCCUUUGCUGCUGUCGCCACCGCUCCCCUCGGUGUGCCUGCGGUCGCGCUGCGGGCGCUCUGCGUGGCUGUGUUCGUGCGGGGUGGAGAUCAGUCAACCCACGCGUAG